AUGGACGGGGACGAAGACGUGGUCAUGGGCGAAGCCCGCGUACCAGCAUCCGUACCAGGCCCAGCUCCCACAUCAACUUCCACCAUCCCCAUCGGCGGCGGUCGUCCGUCUCCUCCGUCUGCAGAAGAGGCAUCGCUCACGCCAGAAGCACAAAUACAAGCUCCCAAUGGAUCCAAGGAACAUACCCAGUCCCUACUAGCGACGUUCCACCAAAAAGUGCAUAGUCCCGGGAAACUCCUGAAGGAGAUUGAAGACCACCAGGCAGGCAUCUCGACUCCCAACAACGAUCCAACUACCGGCACCCCCCGGCCCACUGUGGCGGCAGGACACCACGUCAAGACCGAAGCAGAUACCGCCAUCGCAGACGAAGAGGCAGAGGACUCAGAUUGGUCUGCUGAUCACCAUGAAGGGCGUAGUAGGGCGCUGCACCGCGCCCAGCUUCCGACGGGGUAUUGCUAUGAUAAUCGCAUGCGGUAUCAUUGUGAAGUGAAGCCUACGCUGGACGUGCAUCCGGAAGACCCCAGGCGUGUGUAUUAUAUCUAUCGAGAGCUGGGUAGGGCUGGGCUGAUUGCUGAUGGAGGGGAGUUUCAGGGGCCAUUGGUGCCUCAGCCGCUGAAGAGGAUUGAGGCGAGAGAUGCGACGGAGGCAGAGAUCAUGUUGGUGCAUACCAAGGAGCAUUAUGAGUUUGUGAAAAGCACGAAGGGUGAGUGA